UAAUAUAAUAAUACUAUAAUAUAUUAACUGUUCUUUGCAGACUGAACAACUGUGAACUCACACAGAAGUGCUGUGAUAUUGUGGCCUCAGCUCUCCAGUCAUCAAACUCACCCCUGAGAGAUCUGGACCUCAGCUACAAUAACCUUGGAGAUUCAGGAGUGGACCUGCUCUGUGCUGGACUGAUGAGUCCAAACUGUGAACUACAGAGACUGGGACUGAACAGCUGUGACCUCACAGAGAAGUCCUGUGAUAUUGUGGCCUCAGCUCUCCAGUCAUCAAACUCACCCCUGAGAGAUCUGGACCUCAGCUACAAUAACCUGGGAGAUUCAGGAGUGGAGCUGCUCUGUGCUGGACUGAUGAGUCCAAACUGUAAACUGCAGAGACUGGGACUGAACAACUGUAAACUCACACAGAAGUGCUGUAAUAUUGUGGCCUCAGCACUCCAGUCAUCAAACUCACCCCUGAGAGAUCUGGACCUCAGCAACAAUAACCUGGGAGAUUCAGGAGUGGAGCUGCUCUGUGCUGGAUUGAGGAGUCCAAACUGUAAACUACAGAGACUGGGGCUGGGUUGGUGUAAUCUCACAGAGGGCUGCUGUGAUGUUCUGGCCUCAGUCCUGCGUUCUCCUGACUCAGAGCUGAGAGAUCUGGAGCUCAGAGACAAUGAGCUGCAGGAUUCAGGAGUGAGAGCGCUCUCUGCUGGACUGGAGGACCCACAUUGUAAUCUGCAGAGACUGAGGCUGUCAGGCUGUAGAGUCACACAGAGAGGCUGUGAUUCUCUGGCUUCAGCUCUGUGUUCAAACCCCUCACACCUGAGAGAGCUGGACCUGAGAUACAAUCAUCCAGGAGACUCAGGAGUAAAAGCGCUGUCUGCUGCUAAACUGGACACACUCACACUGCU